GGAACCAAGGCAUUCCCUGUUGCAAUAGGACUUUUUGCUGUAUUCUUGCUUGCAUUUUCGAAAUACCGUUCCCCUUCCCCUCCUCGCAUCUGUGCCUAUUCUAUCACUGGAGGAAAACAAUUUCACUCAGUGGCUCCACCUCAUUCCCAUUCGACUGUAGAGAAAAGAGAGUGAGGGGGGAAAGUAGCUAUAUAUUCCUGCUGCAAGUCCAGAGACAAAAGCAUAUCUUCCAGCUGAGCAGAAGGGAGGAGUUAAUAGCUUUCUAGGCAGCUUGCGCACAAAAGGCACAAACCACUGGAAACUGGGAGAACUAUUGUCUCAUUGUGGAGAUGAAGAGGAAGGUGAAGAAGAAAAAGAGAGACAACAUCUGAGCAACAGGGAUACGUGUUUACAGAUUUCCUAAGUGACUGAUUGCUUCAGGAAUUGAACUACAUGUCUGUACCUGCAACAUAAUAUUAUCACACCCAUCCGUUGAUGAGAUACUGGUGUUGGUUAUCUUCUCUUUAAAAAAUGUAAUUCCGUUUGAUUUUUUUAAUUAAAUCGUGAAGUUAUCAAGCCAAGUACUGGACAGCUGAGUCUAUCUGGAGCAUCGAAAAGGAUAUUCUUUUUCACUUCCUGGAAUUGAUGACACCAGUUCAACCAGAAAACCCAUUAUGAUUUUCCAGGAAGCCACUGUAUGCAAAAUGAAAACCCUAAAGCUUGCCUAAGAAGACUGUAUUUUGGCUUGAACCUUACAGGUUGCCUUUGGACAGAGAUCAUGAUGUUAACUGCCCCCACAUCAGAAUUAAACAGCCUGGGGUCUCUACCUAACAAUGCCCAGGAAACCACUAUCCAGAACAAAACAGGAAGGAGGAAGAAGAGCAUGCUGAAACAGUCAUGGAUGGAGAUCACCAUAGCCUUCAUGAGGAGGACCAAGGUCCACGGGCUGAAGUUUGUCUUCUCCCCAGACAAGACCUUACCCCAGCGGGUCCUCUGGCUCCUGGCCUUCUUUGUGUGCAUGGGUCUCCUGUUCACCUGGUCCUGGAACCGCAUCCUCUACCUGAUGUCCUACCCGGCCGUCACCAAGAUCAAGAUGGUGUGGGCUCACAACAUGUCCUUCCCGGCUGUGACCUUCUGCAACCACAACCUGUUCCGGGUGUCCAGUCUGACCAAGGCUGACCUAUACCACAGCGGCUACUGGAUGGACCUGAUGCAUCAGAACCACACGGUCAUGGAGAGGAGCCUGGCUCUUCUGAGGGACAACCACAAGUACAGCCUCCUCAACCUGCUGGACUUCAAUGGCUACACCCCGUCUCCACAUUACCAUGUCAACACAACUGAGAUGAUUGGCAGGCUGGGCCACCAACUGGAGGACAUGUUGCUGGAAUGCAGGUUCCGGGGGGGGAACUGCACCCAUCAGAACUUCACCACUAUUUACACGCGGUACGGAAAAUGCUACACGUUCAACUCUGGUUUGGAUGGCAACCCGAUGUUGACAACGUUGAAAGGCGGGACAGGAAAUGGGCUGGAGAUCAUGUUAGAUAUCCAACAAGAUGAAUACUUACCUGUUUGGGGAGAGACAGAUGAGACCUCGUACGAAGCAGGCAUCAAGGUUCAGAUUCACAGCCAGGAUGAACCUCCCUUCAUUGACCAGCUGGGAUUUGGUGUGGCCCCUGGUUUUCAAACUUUUGUGUCAUGUCAGCAGCAACUGCUUCAGUACCUCCCUCCCCCAUGGGGAGACUGCAAGUCCACUCCCAUCGACUCUGAGUUCUUCUCCACGUACAGCAUCACAGCCUGCCGUAUCGACUGCGAGACACGCUACCUGGUGGAGAACUGUAACUGCAGGAUGGUCCACAUGCCUGGGACCUCAACAGUAUGCACACCGGAGCAGUACAAAGACUGUGCAGACCCAGCUUUAGACUUCUUGGUAGAGAAAGACAACGACUACUGUGUGUGUGAGACACCCUGCAGCAUGACACGCUAUGGCAAAGAGCUGUCCAUGGUGAAAAUACCCAGUAAAGCCUCUGCCAAAUAUCUGGCCAAGAAAUUCAACAAAACUGAACAGUACAUCGGAGAAAACUUACUAGUCCUGGACAUCUUCUUUGAGGCAUUGAAUUAUGAGAAGAUUGAACAGAAGAAGGCGUAUGAAAUUGCAGGGUUACUUGGUGACAUUGGUGGGCAGAUGGGUCUGUUCAUUGGAGCCAGUGUUUUAACGAUAUUGGAAAUAUUUGACUACUUAUAUGAGGUAUUUAAGGAUAAAGUUUUGGGUUACUUCAUGCGCAAGAAACGACCGCAGCGUUGUCCAAGCGACAAUCUGAGCACCUGUGACACCCUCCGGAGUCACUCGGACAGUCUCGGAUUCACGCCGAACAUGUUACCUCGUCACCCGACUCUAGGCAACUUUGAGGAGUUUGCUUGUUGACGACAUAAAGCAGGGUGGGGGUGAAGGGGGGGGGCACGUGGGAUAUUCGGGGUUUGACAGAAAACUGUGAAAUAACAUGUAUUAUUACAAACAUGGUUAGUGUAGAGUAGUAGGAUCUAGCGAUUGCCUGAUUAGAAAUAGAACACUAUCAUAAGAAUAAAAGCAUUUCCAAAGCAGAACUCAGGUGACGGACAUAUCAAGGCGUCGACGACACUAUUUAUUUGAUGUUCCAUUCAUGUUGUAUUCUAUUAAACAGGGUGACAUUAGUGUGUUUGAAUUGGUUUUAAUCAGCCUAGUAAUGUAUAAGACUAGUAAUGUAUAAGACUAGUAAUGUAGAUGGAGAGGACUUCAGAGUGGUCUCAGUUCAUGUCAACUUAUUUAAACCAUUGUAAUAUACUCAGCAAAAAUAUAAACGCAACAUGCAGCAAUUUCAAAGAUUUUCCUGAGUUACAGUUCAUAGGAAAUAUAUGAAUUAGGCCCUAAUCUAUGGAUAUCACAUGACUGGGAAUACAGAUAUGCACUUGUUGGGGUGUGGAUUAGGAAAUCCACACCCCAGUAUCUGGUGUGACCACCAUUUGCCUCAAGCAGCGCUAAACUUUUCCUUCGCGUAGAGUUGAUCAGGCUGUUGAUUGUGGCCUGUGGAAUGUUGUCCCAUUCCUCUUUAAUGGCUGUGUGAAGUUGGUGGGAACUGGAACGCGCUGUCGUACACGUUGAUCCCAAACAUCCCAAACAUACUCAAUGGGUAACAUGUCUGGUGAGUAUACAUGCCAUGGAUGAAAUGGGAAAUGUUCAGCUUCCAGGAACUGUGUACAGAUCCUUGCAACAUGGGGCCAUGCAUUACCAUGCUGAAACAUGACUUGAUGGCGGCGGAUGAAUGGCACGACAAUGGGCCUCAGGAUCUUGGCACUGUAUCUCUGUGCAUUCAAAUUGCCAUUGUGCUCGUUGUCCUUAUGCCUGCCCGUACCAUAACCUCCCCCCCCCCCUCACCACCACCAUGGGGCACUCUGCUCACAACGUCAUCAGAAAACAGCUCACCCACACAACGCCAUACACAUGGUCUGCGGUUGUGAGGCCGGUUGGAUGUACAGCCAAAUUCUCUAAAACGACGCUUAUGGUAGAGAAAUUAACAUUCAGUUCUCUGGCAACAGCUCUGGUGAACAUUCCAGCAGUCAGUAUGCCAAUUGCAUGCUGCCUCAAAACUUGAGACAUCUGUGGCAUUGUGUUGUGUGACAAAACUGCACAUUUUAGAGUGGCCUUUUAUUGUCCCCAGCAGAAGGUGCACCUGUGUAAUGAUCAUGCUGUUUAGUCAGAUAACUGAUAUGCUACACCUGUCAGGGGGAUGAUAUGCAGGGGGAUCUUGGCAAAAGAGAAACUAACAGGGAUAUAAACAAAUUUGUGCACACAAUUUGAGGGAAAUAAGCUUUUUGUGUGUAUGGAACAUUUAUUGGAUCUUUAAUUUCAGCUCAUGAAACUUGGGACCAACACUUUACAUGAUGCAUUCAUAUUUUUGUUCAGUGUAGCAGUCAGUUCUGGUGUGCUGAAUAUCAAAUUGAGAGGCUAGCCAUGGUUAGCAUGUGUAGCAUCAGCAUAGCCAGGUCCAUUCAUUAGUAGAAUCAAGAGGGGUUUUAAAGACAUAUUCAUGUUACCACUCUUUCAUUUAUAACUAAUUGAGAGUAAGAGAAUGCAGAUUUCAGUGAUGCCCACUCAACUAUGAUCACAAUGCUCAAAGGAGAACAGCAGACCUAACUUGAACCCCCCAGUAAUAGACAGUUCGCAGUAAUUAUGCUGCCUUCGUACUCAAAUGAUUCUGUUUAGAGAUUGAUCCUAUCACUGAUUUGAAACUAUAAACUAUCAAGUAAUGAAAGCCUCUCGCGUUAGGUCCCCGGAAGAUAAACUAUUGCAAGAUAAUUGUAUGCAAUUCUUUGUUUACAAGUGACAUAUUGGAAAGUAGAAAAAAAGUGUUUAUGUUUUCACAUUUGAAAAAUCACAACUUUUCCAUGAGAUUUGGGGAAAAUAGGAACAUGUCCCAUUGUUAUAUAUUGUGCUCCACAUGCUUUCUAUCUGCUUAUUGCUGAAAAAAUGUACAUCAAUGACAACAUUUUCUUCUGUCAUGGUUUCCCAUUUUCACUGGAAAUGGACACUCUUCACAGGAGUCUGCUGUAACUCAGCCCCCCUCUUAAUCACCACUUUCAAUAGAAUAGACAAACAAGCAAGAUGAUCCACCAAACUUAAAGUUAGUUUAUGUGGGUGUUGUUCAAAUGGUUUUGUUCCAUGACCAUGGCUUUUAACUGCUACAAAAACACUCAUUAGCACAAGUCCCCUGUGAUCGUAAACUAUUCCCUAUUGGAAACUAGUGGAGUACAAACAUUGUCAAGGUGGUGUUCUAAAUAUUGAUUGAAAUGUGUAAAUACCAGAUCAAAAUGCCAUUAAGAAAUUCAAUCUCGCUCAUAUGUUGAUAUGUUUACAGUAUGUAAAAAAAAAAGUUUAAAAAAGGCAAAUAAAUGUAUCCAUUACUGCUGUUGCACCAUAAGGGAAUUGGAGGACAAGGGAGCUGCAGACUUGCCAUACGAGCACACAAUGGCCUACCCCAAGAGUCCAUUAGUUUGUGUUGUUAUCCAAGUGGACCUCAAGUGUCUUCCAGCUUCUAUUUCAUUUUAGGACCGGACACAGAGUAGAAAUUGUUAGAUGCCAGAGGCAGUUUAAUACAGUGCUUCAAAAACAUACAUGUCCCAGGUUCCCUACUUUAUUCAGUUCAGGUGGUUUAAAACACUGAAAUGCAUUGUAUAAUUGCAUUGUUAUAUACUAUUGUUAUUGGAAUUCCAGUACAUGUAAUAAGACUAACUUAACAGUCAGUUUGUGAUGUGUAAAUUAUCAAAUAUAAUAAACUAUAUAUUUAACCAUCUUCCUAUGUACAUAC